GCAAGAUACUAGUGAGCAUCAUGAAAUUUAUUUUGAUUGCGAAAUUGUCAUAUAAUUAGUGAUAGACGUUAAAUCAGUGUUUUACAAAAAGUGUUAUGUUUUACAAAUAUUAAUAUUCGCCAUCCAAGUGGAGCUCUUAAAGAAAUUGCUUGCCAUGGCCGGCCCGUCCGACGGCGACCCCGACGGAUGGGUCGAGUUCUGCGAGCGUCAAGCUAAAACCGCCGCUCAGGACUUCGCCAAGGCUUGCUUACAAUAUAUUCAAACGGGCACCGGUGAAGUUGCAGCACGGCCGAUAUCUCAAAAGGAAUUUCUUAAGAAAUUUGUAGAAUGUUUUUCAGAACAGUUCGAUUUUGAAUUUUGUAAGCUGAAAACGCAAUACAAAUUACCAAACGGCACUCAUACGGGCCACGAUGAAAGCGAUUAUUCUGAGGAUACGGACUCUCCUAAAACUCAACACAAACCGUUUUUCCGCAGAUUGUCUUUCAAAGGUUUGCGUCGGGGUAAGGGUUUGUUUCAUAAACAGCAUUCUGACGAAGUAGAAUUGUCGUCCAAUUUAAAUAAACAUAAGACUAAAUUAGCUAAAAUAGUUGUGGAAUGUAGAAAAGAGGGGCUCGUUAAUUAUUUAACUCCAGAGAGCCUUGAACAACCAGGAGGGCCACAAAAAUGGGAAAAAUGUAGACUAGCUCUUGUAAAAACUGUUGGUGGCUAUAUGUUAGAGUUUUAUUCACCCCCAAAAUCACAAAAACCUAGAAGUGGGGUAUUCUGUUUCUUGAUAUCAGAGGCAAGAGAAACUACUGCAUUGGAAAUGCCUGAUCAUGAAAAUACAUUUGUCUUAAAGGCUGACAAUAAUAUGGAAUAUGUAAUUGAAGCUGCUGAUGUAGAUGAUAUGAAGUCAUGGCUAGCCACCAUAAAAUAUUGUAUGAGAUCAGCUCCUACAACUCAACCACCUCCAGAGGCUUUAGCAGGCCUACCAGAACCAGCACCACCUGAUCUGCCACCAAGAAGAGAUUUGCCUUCUAGUACAAGUAAUGUAGACUUAGCAACGGAUACACCAGAAGAGGCUGAGUUAGGUUCAAUAGCAGAGGAAGUAUGUGAGCCAUCAUCACCACGUUUAUCUCUAGCAGAAUGGCCAUGGUUCCAUGGUACAUUAGCACGUGCUGCAGCAGCAGCAUGUGUUCUAGCUGGUGGUGCAGCUGCGCAUGGUUGUUAUUUAGUACGACAGAGUGAAACAAGACGAGGGGAAUAUGUACUCACUUUCAAUUUCCAGGGCCGGGCAAAACAUCUUCGAAUGACCCUCAGUGAUGCAGGUCAAUGUCGAGUCCAACACCUGUGGUUCCCUAAUGUACACGACAUGCUCGAACACUUCCGAGCAAAUCCAAUCCCCUUGGAAUCCGGUGGAGCUGCUGAUGUCACACUAACGGAAUAUGUGGUUUGCCAGGACGGCAACCGGCAACAACUGGGUGUAUCACACGGAAGCGAUGUGCGCAUGCGUCGAGCGGAACUCGAAGCGCUAUUGGUUGCGAGCGGUGCCCACCACGACAUACGUGCGGUAGACAACCAGUACGUACUCUGUAAUCUACGUCCGUCGACAUUAGAUCGCAAUGGCGCUGCAUGAAGUAAGUCUAGUAUUGAUAAUUUCGAACAUUUUAUAUGUUUCUA